AUCAUCUUGAAGCUUCCUACACUGUUCCUAGACAUUUCAUGCCGUGUCUCCAGCCUAUUCCUCAACCGAACGUUAACUCUCCGUUGUUCUCUGCCACUUUGAAAUUUUACUUGGUUCCCUGCAUUUGUUGCAAGAAUUCGACGCGAUGGGAUGGAGAGGGAUGGCAAGCUGUGGGGAUAGGAAAAGCAAGGGAGAGCAGGGAAAAGGAAAGAGGUGACAAAAGGGGAGGAAAAUUGUGUAUCGGAGGAGAGAAGGAAGAUCUGCGACGGCAACUAAGGAAUUAGGGUGGAGUCGUGGGACGUUACGGUUUCAGUGGGUGACAUGGGUGUGUGGCGGAGGCUGGCAAAGAGAAUAGAUUUUGGUAGAGGGUCUGUAUGCCAUUUUCCAAGAGGUGGAUUUGGAUUUUCCAUGGGUUUGAUACUGGCUUCCCUGGAAAAUUCUAUAAUGCAAGAUCAAAUGACUGACAAACAAAAAUUCAUUUAUCAAGCCAAGCAAAUGGUGCAGAGAAGCUGGAGUUCAGCAAAAACAUUUGUAGUCAUGGGAUUUCUCUGCUGUUGAGUGUGGUGUUCAGAAGCCAUUGCAAAGAAAAAUUACACAUACGGAUAACAUAUAUGUCAAUAUAUCAUUUAAAUUUCUCAUAUGGGGUCAAAUGUUGUAAAUAAUUGUGUGCUGGAUCUUAUUCUCUCAAUGGUAACGGCAAAUGACGUGGCAGCAUGUUGCCUCUUCUUCAAGUGAGAAAUACUGAGGUUGACGUACUGAACCUGUGUUGUAUGAAGAUAGCUUAUUUUAUUAAUUUUUUUUUUUUUUAACAGUUUUUCAUUUUUUGGUCCUACUUUUAUAUUCUCCAGAAAAUUUUGUUUCAUAGAGGAGUUAUACCCUAAUCGGACUGUUGAAUGGAAAAGAUCUACAUUAUGUUAAAAUGACAUUUUUCACUAGAUUUAUUGUCUAUUUUCUUAUACAUAUGAACUUAUGUGAAAAGCUUCUCUUAUGAAAGGAAAAUGAUAAUACAAACGUACAUGGAAAAUAUAUGAAUUACUGAAAAAUGAAAGGCAACAAAAUCACCUUGUAAGAACCUAUAUACUGAGAAGUUAUUUAUGUUUUUUUUAAAAAUUCUAUAUCUUGAUUUUCUGUGUUUGAAAUGACUAACACAUUUCUUUUAUGUUUACUACAAAUUGAAUAAGAUAUAAAGCAGAGUAUUUAAUUAGAAACUCCAAUGGAAAUUAUCAAGCAUUGUGGUUUAUGAACUAUGGUAGCCAUAGUUAGCAUUUACCUUAUCUUUUUGAAUUCUAUAAAUUUUCACUAACUAGAAAACAGUAUCUACUGAUAAAACUCAUCCCUUAAUGGUGUUGUUAAUUGUUGGUUGUAUGAAAAACUUUUGUUUUAUGGUUUCCUUUUUUCUUUUUUUCUUUUUUUUUUUCCUAUUUCAUUACAUGUUAAGAAUUUAAAGAUGUAAACCCGUGAACACUUGGCGUUAUUAUCAAGUCCUCUCUGUGAAUUUAGUUACUAAUAAACUGUAAUCCAAUAUGAUAUGUUUAUACAAAUUGGAAAAAAUGUAUUGUGUAAGAGUUUACUUGCUAUAUUUGAUUAUGACCUGGUAAGGUUAGAGCCUAUGUAUAUUGUUGAUCA